ACUGUAUUUCGUCUUCGGCUCUUCGCCGUCUGAAAAGAAACUGAAGUGAAAAAAAAAAUAGAAUCCUUUUCCUAUCCGUUCUAUACACAUAUAGCCGCCGAUUCUCAAAUUCCGUUUUGCAACAUCUCAUUUCAAAGGUUUUUGCUGAUUGUUUUGUGAAAUAUGAAAAACUGACGCUUGUGCUUCGGUAUUUGUUUGAAUUUGUUCAAGAUGUCACUCAGCUGUUCUCUUGAUAUAGACAAUCUGUGAUCGUUUUAGUGCGGGAUAUGCCUAAUUAAAUGGAUUUAAGGGAGGAAGUAUUAUCAAGUUUGUUUAGGAAUUAGGAUGGAAUAUUGCAGAUAUAAGACAUUUUCUUUUUAGGUAUCUUCGUUCUUGGGUCUUUCAGCUCCAGAAAUUGUAACAAACAAGAAUUUGAUUUUACAUCCAGGUGGUUGUGGUUGAAUUUGAAUCAGUGUGCCCCAUAUGGCUUCCUUUAGAGCAUUUCUGAACAGUCCUGUUGGCCCUAAAACAACUCAUUUCUGGGGUCCUGUUGCCAACUGGGGAUUUGUUGUAGCUGGAUUAGUAGACACACAGAAGCCCCCUGAGAUGAUAUCUGGAAACAUGACGUCAGCAAUGUGUAUAUAUUCUGCAUUGUUCAUGAGGUUUGCAUGGAUGGUACAACCUCGAAACUAUUUACUUUUGGGAUGCCAUGCAUCAAAUGAGUGUGUGCAGCUCUAUCAACUUUCUCGUUGGGCAAAGGGCCAAGGGUACUUGCAGCAGAAGCAGGACAAAACCCAGUGAUUCAAUGCUACUUACUUUUGUUUUCCCUUUGGUGGGCGCCUUCAUCGCGUUGAAUUGUUGGGCGAUUCUCAUUUCUUUUUGUAUUCUACCAUUAGACAGUAAAGCCGGAAGCUGCGCUGUAAACUUCAUCAUCAUGGUUAGUUAUGCGUUUUCUUUUCUUGUUUCCCUAGCCCUCUAAUGUAUGAUUACUUUAACAGCUAGAAUUUAGAGAGGUGUCUGGGUCUGCAAUAAUAAGAUUUUCAAGUUUCAUACACCACUCUGAUCCCAAAAUAAUUGAUCUUCAUGAUUGUGAUGAAAAUUAUGAAAUAUUCUAGGAUAAUUUAAGUUACUAUAUUUUGUGUCAGAUGAAGUUGUACUUUUCUUUUGAAUACCUUUGUAAUGCAAAAAGGAAAAUGACAUA